UCACGGAAAGUGGCCUUGUGCGCAGCUGUUUAUCUUCCCCAUGAUAUGAGCGGAAAAAAAUGGCGUUGCCCGUGAGUGUGGGAGCGCUUCUAGAAUCAGAAGUAAUAGAGGAUCCAUUAUACAAAGAUGAAGGUCUCUGUGUACUUGGUAUAUUCGGUAAGACUGCAAUGCUACCCGGAUCACCGAAAGAGUUUCUAAUCAACACGCUCGCGGACAAGCACAUCUAUCCACUAUUUGGACAGGAUGAGACAGACAAUCACAACAGUGGAAGCUUGAUUCAGGCGUACUACAGCCAAGAAAACCGCGUAUUGUAUCUGGUGCUUACUUCAGUUUGUGACAACCGACAGCUUUUGUGGGCGUGUGAGUCUUUGACUACGGGCGUCGGACACUCGGAGGCGCACGAAUUCUGGAAAGGAGCGGAUAAACAGCAUUGCUUAGCAUUGCUUUACCUAUUCUCGUUGUGCCAUGUCCUGCUACUGGUCCAUCCUACAUGCUGUUUUGAUGUCACCUAUGACCGAUUGUUCCGUGCUCUGGAUGCACUUCGCCAGAAAGUUCUGCCACUAUUACGUGCUGCAAUCAAGGAUUCCACCAUAUCCAAAGAAUGGAAGGUGAACUGCCGGCCCUGUCCUCCUCGCCUGCUAUUCGUAUUCCAGAUGAAUGGAGCCCUGCGAAGCUAUGGUGGAAAUGGUUCAGACCCUUCUGGGGGAAAUGCUGAUAAGCCCAAGAAACACUCGCCAAGGAGACGCCUCCAGCAUGCAUUGGAAGACCAGAUAUAUCGCAUUUUCCGGAAAAGUCGGGUCCUCACCAACCAGAGCAGUAAUUGCUUAUUCACUGUCCCUGCUAACCAAGCGUUUGUUUACGUGGUGCCUGGGCCAGAGGAGGACCCAGUGGCAGCCGUGCUAGGGCAGCUGCGCUCCAACUGUGCCCUGAGGGAAAAUGACACCAGCACCUCGGUGUCUGGACCCAGGCGCUACCAACAAAUGCGUCACUCUGCAAGACAACCAUCCUUCAAUGUAGAAAGCAGCAGCUUCUCAGGGGGGCAACUAGUAGACUGUAAUCUGAAGGAGUUCCUUUGGCAGCAUGUCGAACUGGUGUUGACCAAGAAAGGCUUUGAUGACAGCGUUGGUCGUAAUCCGCAGCCUUCUCAUUUUGAGCUGCCAACCUACUCCAAAUGGGCACAAGUGGCCUACAGGCUGCAUCAGGUCAUGAUAGCCAACACAGAGGAGGAAACUGCAGAGCUGGCCGUCAAAGUGCAGAGUCAGCUUAAGUUUUUGGAAGGUUUCCUGGACGCAGAUGCCAAGUUCUCUGAGAACCGCUGCCAGAAAGCCCUGCCACUGGCACAUAGUGCCUACCAGUCUAACCUUCCCCAUAACUAUACCACCACUGUGCAUAAAAACCAACUGACACAAGCACUUCGGGUCUACAGCCAGCAUGCACGCGGUGUAGCUUUUCAGCGCUAUGCCUUGCAGUUGCAUGAGGACUGCUACAAGUUCUGGAGUAAUGGGCAUCAGUUAUGUGAAGAGCGCAGUCUGACAGACCAACACUGUGUGCACAAGUUUCACCUGCUGCCUCAGCCAGAUGAGAAGCCAGAGAUGGACCGCAACCCGCCCAUCCUCAACCACAACAGCCGGGGGCGUUCCACUAGCUCGUGUAACUGUGGCUGGAAGCAAGCCCCUCGUGAGGACCCCUUUGACAUCCAAGCUGCCAACUACGACUUCUACCAAAUGUUUGAGGAGAAAUGCUGCGGAAAGCUGGAGAGGAUCGACUUUCCUGUUUUCCAGCCAAGCACCCCAGACCCAGCCCCGGCCUGUGAAGAAGCACCCAGACCCACUGAGGUGGCUGUCCCAGUCCCACCGUCAGAGCCUGGGUCAGGGCCAUCAGAGGGGGAGAGGCUAAAGGAGAGCAUCCCAGCGUCCCACCCAGUGUCCCACACCCCCGGAGAGAGCACCAGCCUCAGCCUGGCCCUCAGCCUGGGCCAGUCCACUGACAGCCUAGGGCCUUAUGGAGAUGGAGGGGGCGGUGAGGGCCAGGAGAAGAGGUCCAGCCUGGUGGAUCGCCAGGCCUCCACUGUGGAGUACCUUCCAUGCAUGCUCCACUCAGGCUGCUCCAAAGGUCUGCUGCCUAAGUUCUCCAGCUGGUCGCUGGUCAAGCUUGGCCCUGCUAAGACCUACAACCCCCACACUGGCCUGGAGCAGCCAGGCUUCCUGCCUGGCUCCUCCUUCCUCCUGCCCUGGGACGUGGUGAUUCGCUCCCGCUCUGAAGAGGAGGUGGGCUUAACUGAGCCCUUGGAUGGGGGACCCUCAUCCUGGCCGGCCCCCAACAAAACCGUGGCGGGGAAGCGAGGGAGUGCAGGGGGCCUUGGUCGGGGACGCAGGCGGGAUGACGUGGCCCGGGCCUUUGUGGGCUUUGAGUACGAGGACAGUAGGGGCCGGCGUUUCCUCAGCUCAGGACCUGAUAAAGUGGUGAAAGUGCUGGGGCCUGGAGGGGCCAAAGAGCCAGCCACCAGGGCCCUGAACACAGACAUGCCCCUGUACAUUCCCUCUCCAGCCCAGGGGCGUGGCCUAAAGACCCACUACGCCCAGCUGGCGCGCCUCUACAUUGUGGUCCCUGACGCCCCCUUGGAGAUAACACUCAACCCACAGGUCCAACCCGGCCCCCCUCCAUGUCCAGUGUUCCACCCCGAGCGGACAGAGCUGGUGCUGCCCUCCGAUGGCCUGUGGGUCCUACGUUUCCCCUAUUCCUAUGUCACAGACCGUGGCCCAUGCUACCCACCUAAAGAGAACCAGCCCCUGGCCAGCUACAAGGUCCUCAGAGGCAUCCUGCGUGCCAGCCCUCUUCCUCCACAGUAAUCUCUACUCACACCAUAGCACCGCAAUGUGACUCUCGCACUUAUUUGCAAGGUUAGUUUAAAAAUGACUUUGAGUCAGUUGGACCGUGUUCUCUUGCGUAGUGUUGUUUCAUCCCCUAAAAUACUAUUUUGAGUUAAAUGGAAUUGUGCUGGGUUAGUUAAUUAUGAAUGGCAAUCUCAAAAGGAAAAAGGUGUUGAUCUGCAUAGAACUGCGUCUCCACUUGGAUAUAUUUCAAAUUAAGAUCUUGUUCUCUGAUCUUAUGUUAUUCAUGGUAUCUUUUUAAUAAGGUUGUCAGGCUGUAUUUUCAGCUCUUACACUUAAAGGGCCAUCUAUAUAAAACACUGGAAAAUCACGUUUGUGACUGCACUGGGCCUUUAAGGAGAGAAUAAAUGACAUUUUAUUGAU